AUGCCUAGCGAAGGCAGAGGCUGUCCCCACAUUGUCUCACGCCGACAGUGGGGGGCCCGGCCCCCAAAAAGCAGGGUCCCGCUGAGGACCCCAGUGCCCUACGUCAUCCUCCACCACACGGCAGGGAAUCGCUGCUACACACCAGCCUCCUGCAGCCGGCAGGUCGGGGGCAUCCAGAAUUACCACAUGGACUACCAGCGCUGGCCCGACAUCGGCUACACCUUCCUGAUCGGCGAGGACGGCAGAGUUUACAAGGGCAGAGGCUGGAGAACGAGACGGGCCCAUGCCAGAAACUGGAGCCAUAAGUCGCUGGGAAUCAGCUUCAUGGGCAACUUCUCCAAUACGUGGGUCCCAUCUGUACAGAUUUCCCUGCUAGGGUUGCCAGGUGCCCGGUUGAAGAGGGACAAUGGCAGCUUUGGUGGGGAAACUCCAGCGUCAGCUAGCCAGUCAGUCGUGGAGCGGCUACACGAGGCAGACAGGGGCAUCAUCUCCAAUGCCAUCACCGUGCUGAGAGACAUCCUCGCCGGCAUGGACAGGCAGAGCGCCAGCCCCGUGGCUAUGCAAGUGGCUGAGAAACUCCUGCCGUUCUUUCAUGAUGUAAGGCCUGGCGGCCCGCAGCACACCCUGCAAGCCACAGACGUGUGA